AUGCCAGAGGACAUUGAGAAUUACGUUCAUCGUAUCGGACGUACUGGCCGUUCGGGUAAGCGUGGGAUGGCAACGACAUUCAUCAACAGGAAAGCGGAUCUCUCGGUGAUGCAGGACUUGAAGCAGUUGCUCGUUGAAGCUGGUCAGGAAUUGCCAGCGUUCCUUCGAGAUCUGGCCGGCGACGCUGAAGAAGCCCCGACUGAUAACGCCGACGACAAGGGCUGCGCUUAUUGUUCCGGUCUUGGUCACAGAAUUACGAAUUGUCCAAAGCUGGCUGGUAUAAAUACCAAGGCAGCUCAAUCACUGGCUCGAGCUGGCGACGAUGAUGGAGCAUACUAG